UGAUUCUUGUCGCUCCACGAACCGCUCCAGCCUCCGGACGGUUAGUGAGAGAAACAACCGACUAACGUUUCCUGUCUCUGAAGGAGAGUGGCGCAAACAGAGUGUCUCUCUCUCUGUCUGUCUCUCUCUCUCUCUCUCUCUCUCUCUCUCUGUCUCUCCGCUGUCCAGAGAAAUUAUAAUAUUUUGCACACCGGCGAACGAACGACUUUUUGUUUACUGUAUUUGACUAAGAAGCUCAGUUUUCUUCUCGUCUAACGUUACGGAGACCCCUCGAUAUGUCCCUUUAGCUGCCCCUCGGGAUGCCAGACCAUGACAGCUCAGCCCUAAGCAGACAGACCAAGCGGCGCCGCGUGGACAUCGGGGUGAAGAGGACUGCGGGUAGUGUAGUCUACGCUCAGAGAACCAGAGAGACCCUCCUAUUCAACACCAUGAAUCAAUCCCACGGCCCCGAGCAGGACAGAGACUGCUCAUUGGUCCCUCACAGUCACGGUGGGUCCAAUGGGGACGGAGAGAAGUCCAAUGUUCUCCGGAAGCUUCUGAAACGGGCUAACUCGUACGAAGAUGUCAUGAUGCCUUUCCCUGGAACCACCAUCAUCUCUCAGCUGCUGAAGACUAACAUGGGGAAGAAUGGAGACAGCGAAGGAGGCUUCCAAGGUAGUGGCGGUCUCUCCAGCGCUGGGUCAGAUUUCCAAGCGGAGGAUGUCUGCAGUAACUCCUCCCGAGACAGAGACAGCCCCCUCGCCCUCUCUCCCGCCCCCUCCUCCCCCUGCCUCCCCCCCUUCGGCCGCCCCCCUCCCCCCCACCCCUCUCUCACCCCUCUGGACCUGGAGCGCCUCACGGACGAGCACCUGCGUGCCAAACGAGCCAGGGUAGAGAACAUCAUCCGGGGCAUGAGCCAUUCCCCCUGCGUGGCUCCACCUGCUCUCCAUCCCAGAGAGAGGGACAGGGACCGAGAGAAAGGGAUCAAGACGGGGAGAAGAGAGGACAGGGAGAGGGAAAGGGACUGUCCCCCACUGCAGCCUCCCAGCCCUGGGUCUCUCUCAAGAGGGGGAGAGGGGUACAGGGAGAGCCGGGGGGAGACUAGAGGAGAGGUGUACAGGGAGAACAAGAGAAAGCAGCGUCUCCCCCAGCAACAACAGCAGUCCUUUACUCAGCUGGUGUGUGUCAGACAGGAGAAGAGACAAGAGGAGAGACGACAACUCAAACUACAGCUAGAGGAUAUGCAGAAACAGCUUCGUCAGCUGCAGGAGAAGUUUUAUCAGAUCUACGAGACUGAGACUGAGGAGGAGGAGGAGGAGGAGGAGGAGGAGGAGGAGAGAGCAGGAGGAGGGGAGGAGGACGGGAACCUGUCCGAGAACAGCCACCGCUCUGACGGUUUGGAGAACACACACAGGGACCGCCGCGGCGACCGUAACCAUGCCGACGGUAUCUACGAUGACCUGUCAGAGUUGGUUGACGACCCAGGUCUGUUUCUUGACCGAGCCAGAGCACUGUUCCGAGAACAGGCCCUGGUGGCUGGAGAGAAGGAUGAGGAGGGAGAGAAGGAGGAGGGAGAGAGGGAUGAGGGAGAGAGGGAGGGGGGGGGGAGGCUGAAGAGGGAUUGGGGCCGAGGGGAGAAAGGGGCAGGAGGGGGGCCGAUGCGAGCAGAGGGGAGGCAGCUAGCCGAGACUCUAAAACAGGAGCUGAACUCUGCCAUGUCGCAGGUGGUCGACACCGUGGUUAAAGGGUUCAACCAUAAACCACCCAGCCAUCAUCAUCUUCAACACCAUCCCUCUCAUCACGGUGGCUCCCAAAACACCCCCUCUGCCACUAAAGCUCCCUCACAGGCCUCCUUCCCUCCCUUCCCCCCCUCCCUCUCCACUGACUCUCGCUUCGGGGGAGUCAGCAUGAACAUGAACGGUGACAGUCCCAACUUUCACUCAGCCAAUCAGAGGCUGCCGUGCUUUGGCGACGUCAUCAUCCCGAGCACGCUGGACUCGUUCGGGGGCCUCAGUGUUCCGACGGCCGGUGACCAGACAGAAGCACUGCCUCUAGUGGUCAGGAAGACCAGCGCCGACCCACAUCAACAGAACCCCUCUCUCCCUCCUCCUCCUCCUCCUCCUCACCCCCACCACCCCUCCCUCCAUUCCUCCCCCCUCUCUGCCUCUCUGGGCUUCUCCCCUCCCUCCUUCCGACACCCCUUCCCCCUCCCACUGAUGGGCUACCCUUUCCAGAGUUUCUCCAAAGACCAGCGCUCCUCUCCUGAGUCCAUGGACCUCUCCAGGGAAACUGUGGGGCUGCGGACCAAGAUGGGGUCGGGCGGAGGCGUCCAUUUUGUCUCCCACCACCACCACCACCACAGGCAGAGCUCUCCGCCCCAACAUGGAGGAGGGAGCGAGGGGCUGUCGCUCAUCAAGUCAGAGUGUGGAGACCUUCAGGACAUGGCUGAUAUAUCACCUUAUUCAGGAAGUACUAUCCAGGAGGGCUUGUCUCCCAACCAUCUGAAGAAAGCCAAGCUCAUGUUCUUCUAUAGCAGAUACCCCUCAUCCAACAUGCUCAAGACGUUCUUCUCAGACGUCAAGUUUAACCGGUGCAUCACGUCUCAGCUCAUCAAGUGGUUCAGUAACUUCAGAGAGUUCUAUUACAUCCAGAUGGAGAAGUUUGCCCGGCAGGCCAUCAACGAGGGAGUGACCACCAACGAGGACCUGUCUGUGGGCAGGGAGUCUGAGCUCUACCGAGCCCUUAACAUGCACUACAACAAGGCCAACGACUUCGAGGUUCCAGAGCGGUUCCUGGAAGUGUCCCAGCUGACGUUGAGGGAGUUUUUUAACGCCAUAGUAGCCGGGAAAGACGUGGACCCAUCCUGGAAGAAGGCCAUCUAUAAGGUGAUCUGUAAACUAGACAGUGAAGUCCCCGAGGUCUUCAAAUCACCCAACUGUCUGCAGGAGCUACUGAACGAAUAACGUGGAUGUGACGUUUCGGGACAAACCCACUGCACUUAGAGUCCACACUCAAAAAAGAAAAAUACAUUAAAAAGUUUUGUUUUAAAAACUGUAUACAUGUUCAGUUUUUGUACAAUUCUGUCUACUACAGUUUUUGUAAAAUGUCACACUUUGACCUAUUUUUUUGAGUGUUGACCUGUUUUUUUUUUCUUUUCUUUUCCAUCUGUGGCCAACAAAACAGUGAGAGGUAUGGUUUUCUGCUGAAGACUUACAGACAACUAUAUCUUUGGAUGAAAGGAGUUGAAGUGUAUAUGUCAUUAAUGUUGGGGAUGUUUCAUCAAAACAAAUGAUGUCACAUACAGUACAUCUCACUGUACUUACAGACAAAUGUCCCCACUCAAAAAAAAAUAUAUACAUUGUUUUAAAAGAGCUGUGAAAAGUGAACAUGUUUUUAGAUAACAUUUUGAGAUUAGACUUUAUUGUUUUCUAUCUUAAGUGGGUUUUAACGCUCCAAUAAAAACGGUGUUCAGGCAUCAGACUGGAAUAGUUUUCUACGGACAACUUCGCCUUGGGACGAGUAAGAAGACAAUGUGUUGGAUUCAAUCCGUAUCGCGGAAGAUUCACAGAAUUGAAUCCAGCCCUAUAUCUAAUUUAUAUUGUGGACAUAGAUACAAAGAAUUGUUGCGAUGUUGUAAAAUGAAGACUUUCUACUGUGUGUCUGAGAAUGAAUUCCUUUUUAAAAUGUGUGUUCCCCUCCCCAACACACAAACAAUUCCCCUGUUCAUAUUCAGCACACUACCUGUCCAUACCCCCUCCAUGGACUGUGAAGUAUGGAGGAGAGCAGAGAUACACUCACACACUGCAGAGUGUUUGGAUUAUGAAGCAUAGUAACAUUCCCAAAUCCCCCCAACUCCCACAUUUCCAUUCCAGCUGGGAAAGAAAUACUGAGCUGAUGUUGUUUAUUUUCACCUAUUUUUUUCUUCUGCUUCUUCUGAGACCCAUUAGAUGUUUUGACUGUACGCCCCCCCCCCCU